UUGGCUUUGUGUAUAUUACGAGGACUGCGCGAGGACCGUAUUCCGAAUCGAGUCUUCGAUUCUAUUAAGGCAGUUAAUUUGAUAUCUCUUGCUAUCGUCUGUUUAUUUUUGUACGCCGAAAAUCAAUUUUGGUACGAGUUUAUGGAACAAAAGCAGAAGUGUGGAGAAUAUUUGCAACAUUAAAGAACUGAAAUAUCAGUUUUGAAAUAUCGGUACAAAAACAAGUGUUACUGACACCAAACUAUAGGAUUUCAAAUCAUGAAUGUCGAAAGCGCAAUGAAACACACAAUCAGAAUAAAACAAGAACCAAGAGAUGAUUUAAAUUAUGACGAGUACGUCAAGAAUGAAGGAUCGCUUCGAAAGGAUGUGAAAUUGGAAUACGACACGAGUCAGUAUGAAAAUACUAUACCGGCUCAACAAGAGAAAGACAAUUUUUCAAUUUUACAAAAUUCAUCUGACGAUGAAAUCACACCAGAGUUUGAAUGUCAUGAUGUAAAGCCAACUAUUGAUUUCUUACGAACAAGAAUACCUGAAUAUACCUAUGGAAAUGGAUUUAUUAAAAUUAAGAAUGAAGAAAGUGAUAACAACGAUGUUGGGAAGGAAGCUGUAAAUAAUAUAAAAUCAGAUUUUCAUGACAGUAAUGAAGAACAGACAAUUAAAAAAUUUACGCUCAUGCCCUUACAAUUUAAUCGCACAAAAGAAAGCGAUGUAAGUUCGGAAAAUUUCAAGAAAAAGACUUCAAUUCAAACGGACAUCACUAUUCAUCAUCAACAUGCGAAAUCGUUCAUUUUUGAGAUCGGUAGAGAAAAAUUGAAAUCCGCGUCUAAUUGCAGUAAAGACUCUCCAGCGGUAUGUAAAUAUGAAAAGGAUUUGCAGAAACAUAUCGAUGUGGUGAACAACCAUUUGAAACCUCAUAAGUGUGAAAUUUGUCAAAAAGCAUUCGUUCGAAAAGGUACUCUUGAAAGACACAUCGAUACACUGCAUAACAAUUUGAAAUCCUACGAAUGUGAAUUUUGUCGAAAAGUAUUUCGGCUAAAACAUCAUCUCAAAAGGCACAUCUUAGCUCUUCACAAACAUUUUAAGCCUUUCAAGUGCGAGGUAUGUCUAAAACAAUUUGGAUUAAAACAUAUUCUCAGAAAGCACAUUGAUAUAGUGCAUAACAGUUUGAAACCUUUCAAGUGUGAAGUUUGUCAAAAAGAAUUUGGAUUAAAACAAAAUCUCAAAAUGCACAUUGAUGCAGUGCAUAACAGUUCGAAACCUUUCAAGUGCGAGGUAUGUCUAAAACAAUUUGGAUUAAAACAUAUUCUCAAAAAGCACAUUGAUACAGUGCAUAACAGUUUGAAACCUUUCAAGUGUGAAGUUUGUCAAAAAGAAUUUGGAAUAAAAGAAAAUCUCAAAAAGCACAUUGAUACAGUGCAUAACAGUUUGAAACCUUUCAAGUGUGAAGUUUGUCAAAAAGAAUUUGGAUUCAAACAAAAUCUCAAAAGGCACAUUGAUACAGUGCAUAACGGUUUGAAAUCUUUCAAGUGUGAAGUUUGUCAAAAAGAAUUUGGAUUAAAACAUAUUCUCAAAAUGCACAUUGAUACAGUGCAUAACAGUUUGAAACCUUUCAAGUGUGAAGUUUGUCAAAAAGAAUUUGGAUUAAAAGAAAAUCUCAAAAAGCACAUUGAUACAGUGCAUAACAGUUUGAAACCUUUCAAGUGUGAAGUUUGUCAAAAAGAAUUUGGAUUAAAACAAAAUCUCAAAAGGCACAUUGAUGCAGUGCAUAACGGUUUGAAACCUUUCAAGUGUGAAGUUUGUGAAAAAGCAUUUGGGCAAAAAGGUCAUCUCAGAAGACACAUGAAUUCGUUUCACAACAACUUAAAGUCUUACAAAUGUUAAGUAUGUCCAAAAGUAUUUGGGAUACAAAGUAAACUUAAAAAUCAUAUUGAUGCGGUGCACAAAAAUUUUGUAAACAAGUGCGAGGUAAAUAAAAAAAAAUUCUGAUUAAAAGAUAAUUUCAAUAGAUAUAUUGACGCAGUGCAUAACAGAUUACACAGCUUACACACACCUUACAAGCAAAAAGUAGUUGGACAAAAUUGUAGUUUCCAACGUUAAAUUCGUAGCUUAUACACUUCAAAUUAGUCGUACCUGCACUGAGGAAUUCGAUAUGCAAUUGUAAGAAUACAUUAGAGGUAUGUGAAAAAAAAAACUCGAAAUUAUCGAAUCUUUGAUAUCUGAUAUCGUACAUGAAUACGCUCGUCUUUUAUUCCAUUAUAUGCACGUCUGACGAAAGACAUAUUUUUCUACUGAGUCUUCGCAUAUAGUCGAUUUAUGAGUAACAUACAAGUGAAGUUAGGGUUGUCGAUAGGGAUUGACUAUUUUUUUUCUUAAUGAAAAAAAAAACAUACAUUGCAAGUAUGCAUUAUUUGAUCUAAAUACUAUUAUAUAACGACGACAUUAUAAAAAUGCUGUAAUAAAUUAUGAAAAAAAAAUGAAAUUUUUUCUUGAAUAACCUUGAAGAAACAACACAUUAUUUGAAUAUGUUAUGCUUCUUUGAUUUAAUAUAAUGCGAACCUUUCCAAUAGUAAAAUUACCUGGUGUUUUUUUCAGUAACUAUACAAUGAUCUAUCGCGUAAUUUUUAUAAGUUCAAUAAUUUAUAGUCCUUAAUUACCUUACGAACAAUUGCAUCAUCGUAUUAAUUAUUGUGUUUUUAAUUUUUUUGAAUGAA